UGAAAUUUGACAGUGAAGUUGUGAGGUUUGAACUUUGAAGUGACGACGAUUAUUGUGACGUGACCAAAAAUAAACGUGCUAUUUUUCGAUAUGGGUGCAUGAAGGUGUGUUUGAAAAAACAACAUGAAUAUCAAUGAUCUACUAAAUUCUAGUGGAGAAGAAGCAAACAGCGAUAUGGAAACCAUGGACGUAUCAUUGAAUUGUGAUGACCCGGAGCUCAUGAGUUCAGAGUUUUUCGACUCUGUCCUCUCCUUGGAAAACAAUAUGGAUGAUGUGUUUUUCUCCAAAUUAGAAGAUGAUAUCAAUCUAUCCAGCGACGUCAGCUCGCAUUUGGAUGAAGUGCUCUCCCCGCAAAGUUACUAUUCGGAAAGCGAUAAAAACAGUACCAGUAUGGAAAGUUUGGAUGAGUCUGGUACAGUCUUGGGUAGUAUGGAUCAAUUUGAUGAUACCUUGUUGAUGUCUAUGUUCGAUUCUGCUCCGGAAUACCCAGUCACAGUUAAAAAAGAACCCGAAAUUGUCCAAGUAACAACCCCUGUACAAAAACAGCCCACCCAAAUUCUAAUUCAAAACCCAAACAACAAAAAAUGCAUCUCCAAGCCCAUGCUAACUGCAAGUCAAAUCAAAAAUGCUACCCCCUUGAAAGUCCAUCCUCAAAUACUGAAAGUCCAACCUAUUUCAACUAAUGGAAGUCCUCUAUUGGUACCAUUAAACAUAAAAAGCUUCAAAAUACUGAAUGCCCCCAUCAAUAUGGCAACAUUUGGCAAUAUCAGGAAACGCAAGAUUGAACAUACAACAGCUGAACAGAUCCAUGUGAAAUCCUCCAACCAGUACCCAUCCAUCUCCCUCACCCAAGAAGAAAAGAGACUUUUGGCUAAAGAAGGCAUCCAGCUGCCAACCCACCAUCCUCUAACAAAAACUGAAGAAAGAGAACUGAAACGCAUCCGCAGGAAAAUCAGGAACAAAAUUUCUGCCCAAGACUCCAGAAAGAGGAAGAAAGAGUAUGUAGACGGGCUAGAGGAGAGGGUGAGAGUGGGCUCACAGGAAAACAGAAACUUGCUGCAAAGAGUUCGUGCCUUGCAAAAGCAAAACAAAACCCUGAUAGCACAUGUCAAUAAGCUGCAAGCCCUGAUUUGUAACUCCACCACAUCGAAAGCAACUCCUUCCACAUGUCUCAUGGUGGUCCUGCUUUCUGCCCUACUAGUUUCAUUGCCCAACAUGAAGCUGUUCGACAACAAACCUGUUUCUAAUGAACAGGAGCAAGUGGCUGUCAGAAGAUCACUGCUCUCCAGUCCUACCACAGCAGAAGAUGCCCUGAACAUGGAGGAGUUCCUGGUCUUCAAAGAUGAAGAAGACUAUGAUAAACUGGUAGCAGACAUGGAGAACUCCACUGAUAAGGAGAUUUCCAAGAUGUUGGAGGAGAUGGGCAAGAAAUAUGACAAUCUGGUGUCAGACUCCAACAACAAUUCCAAGAUGAGCUUGUUCAGCAAAGUGAUGGAGACUGUGCAGGGUUUCCUGGAGAGGGGUAAGGAUGGGAUUGGGGGGCCAGGGGAUGAGGAUUAUGGGGGGUACAGGCAUAAGAGAGGCUUCAUUGAACCUGAUAUAGAUGAGUAUGAGCCUGGAGAUGGUCCACCUUUGAAGAGGGGGAGAAUGGAUGCAGACCAUGAGAGUGUUGUCACUACUACAACAACGACAACAACAGUGAAAGCCAAUAAUUUAAUUAUAAAUGUUAAAGACAAGUAGCUGGAUGAAUUUUAGUUGGUAGAAAUUGUUGUUGGAUAGGUUUUUCAAAAAAGCUUAUUAUUGCUGUUUGGUAGGUGUGCUAGAUUUAUAGUUUUAAUUUUGUAUUGCUUUAAGUAUAUUAUGUUUGCAUUCCACAUGAAUCAAUUUGAGAUUAAUUGAUAUUGCUAGUAAAUAUUGUUCUAAAAUUUUCAAGGCACUGAAAUUUAUAUAUAAGAUGAUUGGAAACUGUGGAAAUAUAGAUUUAUAUAAUUAUUCAAAAUUUUAUUUGUUUUGUUAAUUUAUAUGACUUUAUUAUUAUGCCUGGAUAGUAAUUUUAUCUAUUCACUUUUGUGGUUUGUGUAUAAGUUGUAAACGAUUUGUAUCAAUUUUAUCUAAUAUAUUAUCAGUUACAUAUUAUAUAA